ACUUAUAAACCUUUCACAGGAUCACAGUGGUACCUGAGCUGUUCAUUCAACAUGAUUGCUGUUUGGUGUACUGCUGGGGCUUUGCUCCUUGUUUUGCUGACUGGUUUGAGUGACAGCUACCCUAUGCAGCAAGGCAUUUCCUGGGCUGUUGCACCUCCCAGUCCAUUUUCUGCUGGAGCAUCCGCAGGACCUAGCACUCAGCAGUUUGCUGCCAGUGGACCUGCCCUUCGACCACUUGGCCUUAACUUUGGGAUCCAGCCUGACUAUCUUCUUCCACAGUACCAGGCAGGGGAACUUUUCCAGGAACAGAAAAGAUUCGAGCAAGGCAACUCUGAAUCUGAGAGUGAAGCGCAAGGUUCCAUGCCACCACCUCGUUUUGUCUAUGCUGCACAGCCUUCACAAGGCUUUAAUGGAGGACCUGUGCCAUCAGGCCUGGUCCCAUAUCCUUACCCUUCCUAUGACUACAUGUUCCUGAAUGGCCAGUAUCCUCCAGGCACGUAUACUUACACCAGCAACAGCGUUGAGCAGGGGAGGGACAGCUGGGAGGACGCUCUCUACACAAGGGACAACUAUCCCAGCACUCAGCAGGCCAAGAACAUCCCUUAUAGACAUCGCACCGUCAGGCAGGCGAGUAUGGGGAGUGCUAGUCAGAGUGGUUCAGCAACUGGACAACAGCAGCCCUACAGUGGAGUACGAGGUUCUUACUCGCAGCCGGGUCGACUCCGCCGGGGAGCGCCAGGAGCAUUCAUGCAAAAGGUUGGCUAAAGGGUGACUCUGAAGUCUUGUCAAUAAAGAAUAUAACUUUUAUGUUU